CAUUAGUUGUGUCAUUAUGAAAUUUAAAUCAUAAUAGUAAAAAUACAAGUUGAUGAAAAAUUUUGUUUUUACAAUAUUUAAAAUUGGUGUUGGAAGUUGAAACACAAAAUUACAUAUUAAUUUAAUACAUCUUAGCUGCUGCUGUGAAUGUGCAUGUUUACCUUAGAAUAAUUAUUUGAUUAUAUUCUUACAUUUUUAAAACCUUAAAUUACCAUGAUUUUAUCUAGAUCAUUUCUUAGAAAUAUAAAAAGAAACAUUCAUUUAUCGGAACGCCACUACGUCAAACAUCAUAACCCUUUUGUGAAGACAUGGAAUACGUUGUUUCAAGACUUAAAAUCGGGUCUAAAUGUAAAGAGUCCAGUUUAUCCUGAACAUGCAGACGUUGUUAUAAUAGGCGGCGGUUUUAUCGGGGCCUCGGCAGCGUUUUGGCUCAAAACAAGAGCUGGUGAGGGAUUAUCUGUAGUUGUUUUAGAGAAAGAUCCCUUGUAUACAAAUACUCAGAAGAUGUUAUCACAUGGUAUCAUGACUCAACAUUUUACAUUACCAGAAAACAUAUAUCUCUCACAAUUCAGUGCAGAAUUCUUUCGUAAUAUAAAAGAGCAUUUAGGUGAUGACAUUGAUAUAGAAUACUGUCCACUGGGCCAAUUACUACUUGCUAGUGACAAAUAUGUUGAGAAGUUAGAACAAAAUGUUAAUGCACAAAAUGAUUAUGGUAUUAGAAAUAAAUUGUUAACAGUUGAGGAGAUACAAAGAAGAUAUCCAUGGAUUAAUACAUCAGACGUCAAAUUAGGUUGUAUUGGCACUGAAUCAGAAGGUGUUUUCAAUGCUAAAGAACUUCUUAGAGGUUACUUACAAAAAUCAAAAGAACUUGGGGCAAAUUACAUUAACUCUGAAAUGGUAGGAUUUGAAAUGGAAGUUCAACGCGACUUAUUAAUGGAAGGAAUAACACCAGGAUCUUUUCAAAAGAUAAACAGGUUAUUGUACAAAUCUGAAGAUGGUGAAAUACACAGUUUAAAAUUUGCAGCAUGCAUUGUAGCUGGAGGAACAGAAUCCGUAAAUAUUUGUAAGCUUGCUAAAAUUGGUGAAUCAAAAGGUUUAUUGAAAGAUCAAUUGCCAAUAGAAAAAAGGGAAUACAACAUAUAUUCGAUAGAAACUGCAAAGAGUGGAAUGCCAGUAGGGCUAAAUGCUCCAUUGGUAAUGGACACAAGUGGUUUAUGGUUAAGAAGGAACGGUCUGCAGAGCAACCUAUUGUGUGGGCAAAUACCUUCUAUUAAAAAAGACAGUGGUUAUUCUGAUACAGAUAUAUUUCAAGCUUCCUUAUUAAAUAGAUAUCCACAUUUUAAAGAUGCUGAGGUAAACUUAGUUUCAACUGAGAUAAUAGACUGCAACACGUAUGAUGAAACUGGAAUAAUUGGUCCUCAUCCAUAUCACAGCAAUUUAGUUAUUGCUUCAGGAUUUGGUAGGCAAGGUGUACAGCAUAGUCCUGGAAUAGGAAGAGCUGUUGCAGAACUAGUCAUUGACUGCCAUUACAACAAUAUUGAUUUAAUAAGAUACGGAUUUGAUAGGCUAUUAACAAAUGACCCAUUAAUUGAAACAAAUAUGUAUUAAUUAUAAUAUUAAUGAUAGUUUAUUAAUUUAUGAAAUAAUGUUGUUUAAAUAAAUAAAGUUAACAAUCAAGAA